CAGAGCGGACCAAUGCGACACUGCUAAGAUAUCAACAGUUCUCCGUACGGUUUUAGUUCUUUAAACUUUUCUUCUUUUUUUAACUGAAACUGAGUUAAGUUUGCGAUGUGUACGAAUAUGAGAACCUCUGAACUAUUGCCUAAAGGAGAGCUGAAAACGGAGGGGUUUACAGUGAAAUCCACCAUGAAGAAUUCAGUGGUGGUGGGCCCUCCAGCUGCUGGAGCGUUUAGAGAGAGGCCAGCUAAACCUACAGCCUUCCGAAAGUUCUACGAGCGUGGAGACUUUCCCAUCGCCCUGGAACAUGACUCUAAAGGCAAUCGCAUUGCUUGGAAGGUGGAGAUUGAAAAACUGGACUACCAUCAUUACCUCCCCCUGUUCUUUGACGGGCUAUGUGAGACAGUUCACCCGUAUGAGUUCUUCGCUCGUCAGGGCAUCCAUGACAUGCUGGAACACGGUAGCAAUAAAGUCCUUCCUGUUGUCCCGCAGCUUGUCAUACCCAUCAAGAAUGCUCUCAACACAAGGAUCAGGCAGGUAAUCUGCACUACACUAAAGGUUCUGCAGCACCUGGUUGUAUCAGCAGAGAUGGUAGGUGAGGCACUGGUUCCAUACUACAGACAGAUCCUCCCCAUCCUGAACAUCUUCAAGAAUAUGAACAUAAACUCAGGUGAUGGUAUUGACUACAGCCAACAGAAGAGGGAGAACAUUGGAGAUCUGGUCCAGGAGACAUUGGAGGUGUUUGAACGCUACGGGGGUGAGGACGCCUUCAUCAACAUCAAAUAUAUGGUGCCCACCUACGAAUCAUGCCUCCUGAACUAAAGCAGAGCGGAGAUCUCCCAGAUACAAAUAAACAUUUACUUAAACACACAAACACUCAAAAAUCCCACCAACUCAUGCAAACUUGUAAACACACCCCUUAUCGUACCAUCCUAAUUUCUGACUUAAUUAAACUCAUAAA